CCUCCACCACGCCUCAAGAGCCUCGCUCCUGGCACUCCACGCGGUCAUCAGGUACACACGCUGGACGUCAGACGUCGAGCUCAGCUCAGCAGCAGCCGCCCGCUCUGAACAUUCAAAAGGCGCACGAGUCCAAGGCAGAGCCACUGUUGCGUCUCAUCCUUAUCAUCGCUAGGCCAGACCUCGCAGCCAUGUCUGCCCUCUCUCUCCUUGCACGACUGGGCCUCACCGCCUCGGCGACCAAGGCGCGGCAGCCUUCGCAGUUCUUCAUGCUGGCGCUCAGCGCACUCAUGCUCGUCUUCGCCGCGCAACCUCUGCUGCUCUACCUCGCACCUGUUGUCGACCUCUCCGAGGCGAUGAAGGACUCUCCGACGCUCACGACAUAUCGCCAGCCUGAGGACGGCAAGCCGUUCUUCGCUGAGCGCAUGAGCCGCGCGCCCGGUCUCUACGGCGGCUUGCACGCCAUCCCGGCGAUCAUCUGGUCCAUCGGCAUCCCGAUGCAGCAUUCCGCUCGUCUGCGCUCCUCGUACCGCACGCUGCACCGCUGGGUCGGGCGCGCCACACUGCUCUCGGCUGUGAUCCUCAACAUCACCGGCCUGCUCUUCAUUCCUCUCAACCUCUCCUACUCUAUCAAGACGUUUGAGCUGCAUGAAUGGAGCGGUCUCAAAUGGCCCAGCUUCAAUGCUGCGGUAGUGCUGGUGGGCGUCGCGUGGCCCGCAACGACGCUCAUGGCGUGGAAGACUGCGCGGGCGAAGCAGUGGGACCAGCAUCGGCGCUGGGCGACGGUGCACACUGCGUUCGGCUACGUCAUUACUCUCCAGCGCAUCGGCCUCCUGCUGGUCGGCUUCGUCGGCACCAUAGCCUCUCUCUCGCCCGCUCUAUCGCAGGCACUGCACAUUCCACACCACAGCGUCGGCGCCGAGGCGUUCGAGAAGGAGCGUGCGGCCUUCGCGCUCGGCACGUGGCUCAUGAUCCCCUGGACGGGCGUGUGGCUCUUCCACCUCUUCCCGGCCUCGCACACGCACAAGACAGCAUGAGAGGGCGGAAUUAUUGCAUUGAGAUGAGAGACGCCGCCCUUCUUCAUCCCUCGCCCCUGUUCGUAGCCCGUCACUCGUCUACCCGUUGUAAAAUUAGCGCAUCUGGUCUUAGCUCGUCAUACCACGUCUCUUCAAAGUCUAGCCG